AUGGUGGUCGUAGGAAACGCCGUGUCGCGCGGCAACCCGGAAGUCGAGGCGGUCCUCGAUCGGCGCCUGCGCUACUGUUCGCUGCCGGAGCUGGUGCGCGACACGUUCCUCAGGGAGCGGCGGCCGAUCGUCGUGGCCGGGACGCACGGUAAGACGACCACCUCGUUCAUGACGGCCUGGGCUUUGAACGAGGCGGGCACGAGCGGACGAGUGGGCGGCGGGCCGUUCGUGAUCGAGGGCGACGAGUACGACAGCGCGUUCUGCGACAAGACGGCGAAGUUCCUCAAAUACGUGCCGGAUAUCGUCGUCAUCAACGGCAUAGAGUUCGAUCACGCGGAUAUCUAUCGCGAUCUGGAUGAGCUCCGGCUUGCCUUCGAGCGGCUGGUGCGCCUCGUCCCCAGGCGCGGGCUGCUGCUGCUGUCCGCAGACGACGAAGAGUGCGGUCCUUGCGCUCAGGCAGGACGGCCGCCCUGCCCGGUCGAGACGUUCGGCUUCGCCGCCGGGGCGGACUGGCGGGGCGGAGAGGGCGGCACGGGAGGCGUGCGACCACCUUUGACGUAA